AUGCUGGCUGACCCUGCUGAUAGAUGCAUUGCUGGCUCCCUCGACGGGAAUGACUGGGGGGAAGACUGUCUGACCGCAAACAUCUUCCGUCCCAUGGAGACCAAGGCAGGUCAGAAGCUGCCGGUGGUCGUCUAUUUCCAUGGAGGAGCCUUUAAUCUGGGUGCAGCUGCUCUUCUGGCUUGGUCAGAGAAGCCGUUCAUUGCUCUCAACUUCAACUAUCGUCUCGGUGCAUUUGGCUUCCUGUCAGGAGAGCUGAUGGCAGCCUCCAACAUGCUCAACACAGGCCUGUACGACCAACUCAUGCUGCUCGAAUGGGUUCAACGAAACAUCGAGCAGUUCGGCGGUGAUCCAAACCAGGUCACGAUCAUGGGCCUCUCGGCCGGCGCUCACUCGAUCGGCCACCAGAUCAUGUAUACAAAGAAUGGCGGACGCCCACUUUUCCACAGAGCAUUGCUGGAAUCUGGGGCUACCACCGCUCGCGCUGUCUACCCUCCCAAGGCUCCUCUACCUUCAGUGCAGUUCGAUGAGUUUGCUCUUGCUUCAGGCUGCUCCAAUGUCGAUAGGGGCCAAAUGAUUUCUUGUCUCCGGAAGCAGUCCGUUAGGACUGUCGGACAGGCUUCGAUUGAUGUGUUCAACCGCUACAACCCUUCUGACCGGUGGGCCUUCCAGCCUGUUAUCGACGGUAAGAUCAUCCGCGCAGCACCCAUAUCCGCUUGGGAAUCUGGUACAUGGAACAAGAUCCCCAUCCUUACUGGCUUCAACACUGAUGAGGGAUCUCCAUUUACGCCUACCCGCCUGGAUACCUCGGAGGACUUCACCAAGUUCUUCAAGGAGUUGAUACCCGCCUUGUCUGAGUCGGAUUUGAAAGAACUUAACAACCUAUACCCUGAUCCGGCCGUCCACCGAGAAUCACCAUACUACGACACUCGUCCCAUAGAUGUGGGUUCACAGUACAAACGUGGAACAGCAGCAUAUGGCCAGUAUGCAUACAUAUGUCCCAUCCAACAGACCGCAUACCACGCCUCUGCAGGCCAAUCUGCCCCUGUUUUCUUGUACCACUGGGCUGUAAACACAACCGUUAAAGGCGGAGCAAGCCAUGCAGACCAGUCUGCAUAUGAGUUGUACAACCCUGGUAUUCGAAAGAUAUCCAAGACCCAAAACUUGCUUGCGGGAUACUUGCAUGCUUAUUUUACUUCCUUUGCCACCACCGGAGACCCCAAUGCUAUCAAGGGCAGAUAUGCAGACAGGCCUCGAUGGGCUCCUUUUACCCCAGGGAAAAAGAGCGGCACCAUGGUGAUAGGAGAAGGGAACGAUGAGCGUGCUGGCGGGAAUAGUAUCGGCGUCGUGGCCCGGAUGGGCAAUAUCAGCUACACCAAGGAGGAGUGUGACUUUUGGUGGAAGAGGACGAUCUUGUCGGAGUCGUGA